CUGCAACAUUCAACAUUCCGAAUUCGUAAAAAUGGCGGAUGUUGCAGGGUUGAGAAGACGACGAGACCAGGAGGAGGAAGAUGUAGAUGGGGAUCCUAAAAGAUUGCGAAUCGAUUCUCAGGAGCGCAGUGAAGGUGUUGCCCCUCAAGCGAUACCCGCAGACGAUGACAGUGACGACGAUGUGGGGCCGAUGCCCGAGGCUCCAGAUAUUAGCACGACGAAGAAAAAAAAGACAAGAGUUCUCAUGCACGAGCGAUUGUACCUCGACAAUCUCCCCUCGGCUGAUAUGUAUGAGAGAAGUCUUAUGCACAGGGACGUAGUCAACUUUGUCGCCGUAACAAGAACGGACUUUUUAAUUACAACAUCGGUCGACGGGCACGUGAAGUUUUGGAAGAAAACGGAAAAGGGGAUUGAAUUUGUGAAGCAUUUCCGAUCACAUUUGGGUGCAGUUGUUGCUAUUAAUGUGAGCGAUGAUGGUACUCUUCUCGCAACUGCGGGAGCGGAUAAGGCCUUGAAAAUAUUUGACGUCGUAAAUUUUGAUAUGAUCAACAUGAUGAAGUUGAGCUACCUUCCGAAUGCCGUGUGUUGGGCGUAUCGGAAGGGCCAGGCGCAAGCGCUACUGGCCUGCUCCGAUCGAGAGUCGUCAGCCAUACAUCUAUAUGAUGGUAGAGGUGGCCCCGAUUCACUCUUCACAAUCAACAAUUUGCAUGUCGAUCCAGUUCAUAUCAUGCGUUAUAACCCGGUAGCGGAUGUGAUUGUCAGUGUGGAUAGCGGAGGAAUGGUCGAGUAUUGGCAUCCCGAUGUGGAUAGCGGGUAUACUUUACCUAGCCCGCCUGUGGUUGACUGGGAAUUCAAAAGCGACACUGAUCUUUAUGAAUUCAAAAAGGCGAAGAAAGCACCCUCUUCCCUGACCUUUUCGCCAGAUUUUUCUAAAUUUGUCACAUUUGGAUUCAGUGAUCGACAAAUUAGAGUUUUCAAUUUCCGUAGUGGCAAGCUGAUCCGCAAGUAUGAUGAAAGCUUGACUGUAGUGUCCGAGAUGCAGCAGGCUGGAACCGCCAUAUACUCGUUAGACGACAUGGAGUUCGGACGACGCUUGGCCAUUGAACGAGAGAUAGAAAAGGUGAAAGGUGGACAGAGUGCGACAGCAAAUGCAGUUUUUGACGAGUCGGGCAACUUCGUGAUAUAUCCCACACUUCUUGGGAUUAAAGUAGUGAAUAUUCGAACCAACAAGGUGGUGCGGCUUAUCGGCAAAGCCGAGACACAGAGAUUCCUGAAUGUGGCAUUAUAUCAAGGAGCUCCUCGAAAGAAGGGACUGAUUACACUUGCAAUGGCGGCGUCGGACAAUCCGGUGUACAAAGAGACCGAAGCUCUGGAUCCGACGCUUUUUUGCACGGCAUAUAAGCGGAACCGGUUCUACUGUUUUUCGAAACGUGAUGCCGAUUCUGAGGAAUCAGGUGGCAGCAGCACAGGACGCGAUAUAUUUAACGAAAAGCCUUCUCGCGAAGAGCAGACCGUUGCGGCAGCACAGUCCAAUCUUUCGCGCACACUUGGAAGCUCUGCCAUAAUUCAUACAUCUUAUGGCGACAUUCACGUUAGAUUGUUUCCCGAGUAUGCCCCCAAGGCGGUCGAGAACUUUGUGGGCCUGGCGAAGAAGGGCUAUUAUGAUAAUGUGAUCUUCCAUCGAGUGAUCAAAGGAUUUAUGAUUCAAACUGGGGAUCCUUUUGGUGAUGGUACCGGAGGCGAAAGCUUAUGGGGUAACGAUUUCGAGGAUGAGUUCAACCGUGCGGUCAAGCAUGAUCGGCCAUACACCUUAAGUAUGGCGAAUGUUGGACCCAACACCAAUGGCAGUCAAUUCUUCAUUACUACAGUGCCAACGCCAUGGUUGGACAAUAAGCACACUAUUUUCGGACGAGCUACCGGUGGAAUGGAUGUCAUCCAGCGUAUUGAAGCUGCCAGGACAGACAAGACGGAUAAGCCCUUUGAAGAUAUACACAUCUUGAGUAUUGAAGUCCGGUAGAAUAAAGUGUACAUAUAACUGGUCUUGCGUGGCGAUUGAGUAUGCUCUAAUUUAACCGUCGUCUGUGAGCCCUCUAACAAUCAAGCUCAACAAAUGCUGCAAAACACCUCAGUGGCUGUAUGGCGGA